GUAUGGCAGUUCACUUGCUAGCAUACGAGGUAGCUGACCUCUGCCUAGGCAAGCCGCCUCUCAAAUCUCUCUCAUGGUCGAUGUCAUUUGCUACCUCUGCAAAGACGAAAACCUCUCUUCUCCUUCCUCUGCUCUCAAAUCCCCUGUUUCUGUCUUGCUCCCCAAACUUCCUGGUCUUGUCAGGCACGUCGAACCCUCUUGCAGUCAGAAGUGAAUUUUCUGGGAAGGCUUUCUCAUCCGAACUUAGUGAAGCUGUUUGGGUACUGUUGGGAGGAUCAAGAGCUGUUACUUGUAUACGAGUUUAUGCAGAAGGGAAGCUUGGAAAACCAUCUUUUCAGACGUAAGAACUUUAGCAAAGAACAAAAGAAAAGAAAAGAAA